AGUGGUAAUUUGUGUAAAUUUAUGGUUGCAAACUUGGAACCAGAUUCAUGGUUGCAAACCCGGAGUUGAUGGAUAACAAAUACCUAUUUUAGUGGUAGCCGCCAUUGAUGCCCUCUCGAGCUCCCUCUUUUCACCAGUGGCUGAAUUUUCCAGCCUCACCUCCUACUCGAAGGACAAUCAGUUCUUCGCCUUCGAUCUUCUCUCUGAUCUCUGGUUCCUCCUCCUUCCUUGGCUCCGACGGCUUCUUCUUCACUACCGCGCCUCACUUCUCUUUCUCUCCGAUCUUCAAUCCGUCUUGGACCAUCACUUCGCCUCUCAGAUUCGCACGGAUGGAUCCUCUCCUCGGAAUUUUCCGAUCCGGAUCCAAGUCGAAUCUCCAGUUUACCGUCGUCGAAGGCGUACGACUUCUAGGCGGCGCCCAUUUAUCUGUCGAGAUUUACGAUCCGGACGCUGAUUUUUAGGAGCUCUAUUCGCCAUUGCCCCCGGAUUGAUCCGGAAUCUCCUCGCGCUCUCUCUCUUCCGCUUUGUUCGAAGGUAAGUUCUACGUUCUCGGAAGUUACUCCUUCUUAGUUUCUUGCUUCGAUUUACACGAUCAUGUAUGGAGUGAAGUCCAAACUCUUCAACCUCCUGGAGUUGUCUUUUCAUUUUUAAUUUCUUGCACCGACCGCCUUGUUUCGGCGGGACUCUGUAACUCCCCUGCCGGUCCUUCGUUCGUUCUGUGGAAAAUUGAUGUGGAGACCAUGGAAUUCCUCGAGAUUUCCGUCAUGCCGAGCGAUCUGCGUGAGAAUGGAAAGAAAUGCGUUGGACAGGAGAACCUGAUCUACGUUUUUAGCGAGGAUUAUGAACUGUGAAAUCAGGCGUGAGAAUGAAAAGUUUGGUGGAAAAGAGUGCUUCCAUUGCCGUCUCCGAUGAACAAGCUCAAUAAGGUCGUUAGCUUCUGUUCCAAUGUCAGUGUGCACAACAUUCUCGGCCGAGAGGACGAAGAAGAUCAACAUUAUUCCUCAUUCUACCAUGUCUGAGUCUAAGGAUUUGGGCCGAUGAGCUGACUUGGUGGCCUACUCACUCAACAAAGAAGCCCUCAUCUUGUCCAAAUUCAUCGGCUCUCCUCAAAUCCUUCAGCUCAUCGGCCACCUA